CGCCUUAGCACGAGCAAAGCUAAUCAUUCUUACCAUUUUCUCUACAUGUCCCGACAAGCCUCAACAACAGCACAUCCGGCAGCACAGGUGCCAUGGCUCCAUCAAUAUGCCUGUAAGAGGUGUCGGAUGCGCAAGGUCAAAUGCGACAAAGUACUUCCCGCUUGUGCCCUUUGCAUUGAGUCUAGCGUUCAGUGUACCUACUUAGCUCGGCGGCCGCGGAACAGUCAGAAGGUGCACCCUGAACCAGCACCGCAAAGACGGCUUCUUCCCGCUGAAAGAACUGCGCAUGAUGCGAGAGAGGCGAGUCCCGGUCCAAAACACACCCUCGAUUCACGUGAUGAAUCUAGAAGUGACGAUGAAGAUGAUCUUGUCAUUCCACGAGAGAUGCGUGACUCUAAGUUCGAGGCCCGUUUUGACUCCGGGCCAGAAGAUCAUGGAAGACUAUUUGUGGCUCAAGGCAAGUCGCGAUAUAUCAACAGCGACAAGGCGAAUCAGGUGGCUGACCUUGAAUCUGUCCUUGCUGCUGAUUCUAGCGCCAAAGAUGAAGGAGCGAGCUCACAGUGUCUGCCAUCAGCACGGCCGAAACCCAAACUUGAAUACAGCUCCCUACUCGGCACGUCGCACAUAAUGCAAAGUCUUCGAACUUACCACCCACCCCCUGAAGUAAUGAACACGCUUUGGAAGUACUACGUUCUCAAUGUGGACAUCUUGGUCAAAAUACUGUACAAGCCAACAGUGGAAACUUUCGUUAUAAGCGCUUCUAGAGACCUGGAAGGAUUAAGUCCCUCCUCCGAAGUGCUUCUAUUCGCUAUUUGGUUUGCUACAAUUACGACCAUGCCAGCGGAAGAAUGUUUGAAACUACACAAGGAGGAGAAGAGCACACUUCUUAAAAAAUAUCGAUACGCCCUCGAACAGGCUCUCGCUCAAGCAGGAUGGAUGACAACCCAAGAAGUAGUUGUCUUACAAGCCCUCAUUCUAUUUAUUGUUUGCACUCCUUGGAACAAUACUCGUUCAACUUGGAUGGUUAGUGGCAUAGCCCUCAGUGUCGCCCAGGCCAUGGGCAUGCACUCCGAUAGCUCUUCGUUCUCUCUUGGUGCUAUUGAGACUGAAGUGCGCCGCCGUGUCUGGUGGUAUCUUUGCCAGCUCGAUAUUCGUAUUUCCGAAGACUGUGGUCUUGAACCUCAUGUGCCUUUAGCCAUGGAUACCAGAUAUCCCCUGCACAUCAAUGACUCGGAUCUCAAUGAAGGCAACACAGAAACCGUCGCUCCAAGGACUGAAUUCACUGAGAUGACAGCAAGUCUGGUGAAGAUUGAAAUGGCCGAUACCAUACUCAAGGUAAAACGUUGUCGGUAUAGAAACCCACCCCUAAAUUCCAGUGAGAUCGAAACCUUGUCCCGGGACCAGAUCCGCCGUUACGAAGAAACUUACCUCACCUACCCUAACGAAAAUUCACACCUCCACUACCUCUUGUAUCGUGGGAUGCGACUUCUCAUUGCCAAGUUGUGGAAGAUCAAGUACGAUGCAUCCCAACAAAAUGAUGAAGUGGAACAGGGAGGAAUAAACGAGCCUCUUCUCUUUUAUAACGCCGACGUGCUUGAGAUUACGCAUCAAUUUCCCGACGAUGUUCGUCAAUUCGGAUGGUUCUUCCGUUGUAGGGAUACGAAAUGGCACGCUAUAGCCUACCUCUUGAUCGAACUCUGUAAGCACACCCGCGGCCCUGCUGUGGAUCGAGCCUGGGCAGUGCUUGAUGUGGUAUUUAGUGACUGGGGCCAUGAUAGUAGCGAAGACGCUGGAAGUCUUCCGGGUGCGCAGAAGGAGAAAAAGAGUGCAAUCUUGCAGCCGCUAUUAAAACUAGUUAAGCGAGCCCGCCAUGCGAGAAAGCAAGCUCUGGAGGCUAGUCAGGGGUCGAGAGGCGAACUAAGCGAUGCGCCCUCUACGUUCGAUUCAGGUUACGAGAAUACUGGCCUCAACCCAGUUGAGGAGCAUACGCAGUCGGCGCCGCAUGAAGAUGGUUUGUUAGGAGAUCCAUUCCUGUUCUCCGGGACAGAAUUCGGUGAUGAGAUGAAUUGGGAGCAGUUGGAUACUUGGAUUCAGAGCUUUCAGCCUGAGCUCUCCUCCCAGCAAGAGAGUAUGGAUUUUCAGACGCACAGCCAUACGGGAGUUCUUAGUUGGUGGUAGUACUGAUAUGUUGUUGGUUAUGACUGAAAA